CAGCGAUUCCGAAGGAGCGACAACGACAGCAUUGAAGAAGUUUGUGUCAGGUCUGCUUCCAUCUCUGCAGCCAAUGGCAACCCGUCAUACUAUGUGAGUUUGAGAGACAUUCAAGACGUGUUUCCAGAUGCAAUGAGAUUCAAGUCGGAUGGACAUCCUAUUCCGUUCCUUGAAGACCUUGAUGGCAACAGAAUCGAGCCCUCACGCAUUGCAUUCUAUCCUAACAAGAUCCUGGAUGUCAUUACAGAAGGACCACAGGUCUGCAAUAGUAAUAGCAGCAGUAAUAGUAGCACCAGCAGUACUAGCAGCGACAGCAUGGCCGUCAUCAAUUUGCCUGCGUUGAAAAUGCCAACCAACCUAACCUCUCAGGAUAUUUUACCAUUAUCAAACUUGGUUCAUUCUUUCAACUCAAUCCUUACUACUCGCGACAAAGCGCAAACUGAGAUGGUCAACUCUAGCCUUAAAGCGAUUGCGGAGUCGAUGCUAGAGGCCAAAGAAAAGAGCAACAUGGUGAUUGACCUGUUACUGGAAGCCAAAAAGAAGGACGAUGAAAUGCUUAAACUGAGUAACGAAAUACUUAAACUGCAAAGGGAGGCGAAGGAGAAGGACGAAGAAAUGCUUAAACUGCAGCAGCAAGCUCUCGACAGACUUGCCAUUCUUCAAAGACAUGCUAGUGCUAUCCUUGUCCAGAACUUUGAGUUACAUGAGUAUCCAAUCCCUCGACUCUUCAUAGUCCUGCCUGUCGACACCACCAAGUGGGACCCACGGAAUCUCCUGAGGAGCAAGGUCCGCCUUCAUUUCCUUUGUGAAUGUGGAGAGCACACUGCAACGAUAAGCAAAAGCAACCAGAUCCAUAUUGCCAAACACGAAGGAUAUGACAUCCUAAACAGCACAGAGUUCUUUCACAAGUAUGGAAAGUACAUGCUCAUCCUUUUACACUCCCUCAAAAUGAAAUCGCCCUUGACGGCUUCUUUGGCAUCAAUUCCGAAACUCGAUGCUGGUAUCGAUUACUCAAUCAAAUAUAUGAAAGCACUCUCUAAUGAAUACUCAGUCUUGAGCAAGAUCAACGAAAUCGAUGACUUUGAGGUACUUGAAGGGGCUGAUCUUCGGCAACUGAGGAAAUUCCUUGAAAACAACGAUGAAAGCAAACAACUUGGCAACUUGUACAGGAUCACGACAGAGACAGGCCAUGUCAAAUGGGUCUGUCUGGAUCACUAUCGUUGGACAUAUAGAGAAGCAGAACAAAAAGCGUUCAAAAAGGUAGUGGAGCUAAAUGGUGGCGAAUAUGACUUGCACCUUGGUAAAGUGACAAUUACACUAGAGUCCAAAACAACAGCUGAAGAAUUCUUCGAUGCGCUGGCCAAUGCAAGACGUGUUUAUGAGUUGGAUAUCAUCUUUGACUGGGAUUGGACCAAAGCUGAUCUGGAAGCAUUCGAAGAAGCACUAAAGACGUCAAGUGUAUCGAUACUUCGACUUGAACUCGGAGAUUUUCAAGAAAGCAUUAGCUGGAAAAUACUUUCGACAUCCUCGCCAUAUGAAACACUUGCUCGCAUGAUAGAACUUAGCAGCAUGAAGACAAUCCAUAUUGUUCUCCCUCCGAAGACUAUAAAAGUCCCCAGUUUACGAUUCAAUAGGCCAUCACACCUUCGAAAUCUAACCAUUGAGAUGCAGCCUCGGAUUGGCUUUAAUGACUUUCGAGUACUCGCAAGUGCACUCAAGGCCGAUACGGCUAUAACCACGUUGAACUUGAGGGGUAAAUCAAUUGGAGAUGAAGGAGCUCUUGCACUAUCAGAGGCACUCAAGACUAACAGGACAUUGACUACUUUGGAUUUGGGGUCCAACCGUAUUCGAAAGGAGGGAGCCCUUGCACUGUCAGAAGCACUCAAGGCCAACACAACCUUGACCACUCUGAACAUGAGAAAGAACCCAAUUGGGAAUGAAGGAGCUCUUGCACUGUCAGAGGCACUCAAGACUAACACAACUUUGACUGCUUUGUACUUGAGAGACAACUCAAUUGGGAAUGAAGGAGCUCUUGCACUGUCAGAGUCACUCAAGGCUAACGCAACCUUGACUAACCUGGACUUGUACAGCAACUCAAUUGAGAAGGAAGGAGCACUUGCACUGUCAGAGGCACUUAAGACCAAUACAUCCUUGACUGGUUUGGGCUUGAACAGCAACUCAAUUGGGGAUGAAGGAGCUCUCGCACUGUCAGAGGCACUUAAGACUAACACUACCUUGACUACACUGGAUUUGAUGGGCAACCGAAUUGAGAGGAAAGGAGCUCUUGCACUGUCAGAGGCGCUCAAGACCAACACCACCUUGAUCACUUUGGAUUUGGAGUACGAUUCACUUGGAAAGGAAGGGGCUCUGUUGCUGUCAAAGAUAAAUACGACUUUGGAUACUUUGGACUUUGAAUCCCAAUCACUUGGAGUUGAAGGUGCUUAUGCAAUCGCAGAGGCGCUCAAGGCUAACACAACCUUGACUGCUUUGAGCUUGGAAGUCAACUCAAUUGGGAGUGAAGGAGCUCUUGCACUGUCAGAGACACUCAAGGUUAACACUACCUUGAUUGGUUUGGGCUUGGGCUACAACUCAAUUGGGGAUGAAGGAGCUCUUGCACUGUCAGAGGCACUCAAGACAAACACCGGUCUGACCGGUUUGAACUUGUACAAUAACUCAAUUGGGAAAGAAGGAGCUCUGGCACUGUCAGAGGCACGCAAGGGGCUAACGCAACCUUGACUAACCUGGACUUGACGUACAACCCAAUUGGGAAUGAAGGAACUCUUGCACUGUCAAAGGCACCCAAGGCUAACGCGACUCUAGUUGUUUAUAUGUGAGAGUGUCUUAGACGACAGUUAAUUAUUUCUGGCGCUGUAACACGUCCGGUAUUGG